CAGAGGCACACAGAGUACCUCAACGCGGUCGCUCGGCUCGAGGCAGAGGGCGUCGGGGACAGGAAGGCGGAGAUGUUCGAGCUCAUCAUGCUCGAGACAACACCCGAGAAGCAGGGCCGGGGCUACGCGAGCGCGCUGGUCAAGGCAUUGAACGAUUUGGCUGACGCCGAAGAGCGGGCGGUAUGGGUGAGGACGUCCGACGCCUCCGGAUUCUAUGCCACGCUGGGCUAUGUAACCGUCGCCCAUGGGAUGAUUGCGGAAGACAACCCGGAGUGGGACGGACCGCCGGUGGAUAUUUACAUCGUG